AUGCUCAGAAAUUUUCAAAUAAUUUCUAAAACAUUUUUAGAAAAGCGUGAGGUAACGUUUCCUCGUAGCAAAAUUCCGUCAAAUAUUUUGUCUUAUUCAGUUUUACCAAAACAUUCGCAUAUCUUUAAACCUUUAUCAUCAGAGAAUUCUACCAGAUAUUGUUUGAUAUUAAAGAAAUUGAAGAAGGAGUUAUGGAUUGAAUCUCAUUUAGCAUUUCAGCAUAUUGUAGCAGGCGAUAAAUCCACAGUUGGAACAUGGUGGUUGGAUAGUGCGAGGCAACCCGAUCCAGUCAAUAGAUUUUCAUUUAUGGGAUCAACACCAGCACUUUCAAAUUCAUUUUCAACAUCUUAUUCAACCCUUAGGCGAAGACUUUUAAUCACAUGCUCAAACGGAUCUGUCAUUAAUAAAAAGUUGACAGAUCAACAAACAUUUUGGGAUUGGAUGUCAAAGACUAUAAAUUAUUUUAAUCAACGUAUGGAUAGUUUAAAGAUAUUGCAUGAUGAUGGGACCCUAAAUGAUGUUAAAAAACGGAAAAUCCCCUUUGAUUUUAGAUUGGGAAUGGUCGGCUAUUUUGGCUACGAGAUGAAAAGGGAAUCAUUAUCGGGUUAUACAAUUCCAACAAAUCAACAUUUUCCACAAACUUCUAAUAUACCAGAUUCUGCAUUCAUUUUUACAACUCAGGCGAUCAUAUUUGAUCACUUAAAAAGAGAGAUAUGGUUAUCAGGAUUAGUUCGUCUUGGAGGAAACAAAAGUCCUAAGAAUUUUGAUUUUGUAGAAAAUGAGUUAGGAAUGUGUCCAGGACUUUUGUUAGAUGCUUAUAAAUCUUGGAUUACCUCUAUAGAGAAACGAUUGCGGAGUAUCGAUAGUUUCAUGUCUAAAUUGAAACAAAUUCCACUUAAAAACAAAGAUCGGAAUGAAAAAUUCUCCUCUUCAAUUCAAACCCCUUUUACACCUGAUAUGAAACGAGAUGCUUACAUAAAAGCAAUCGAAAAAGCACGUUCAUAUAUAUAUGAAGGACAAAGUUAUGAAUUAUGCUUAACUACACAAUUUAGAACCAAUUUUCCGAAAAAAUUAGAAUAUGAUUGGGUUGAACUUUAUAAACACAUUAGAUCAUUCAAUCCAGCACCCUUUUCCGCGUUAUUAUAUUUUUCAACUGAAGACAUAUGUAUAUUAAGUUCGUCACCUGAGAAAUUUGUACAAAUUAAUAACGAAGGAAUUAUGGAAAUGAAACCUAUUAAGGGAACUGUUGCAAGGGCAAAGGGAUGUUUUUGUUUAAAUGUUGACGAAUGCGAUAAAGGAACUACAUGCGAAGCGGGUCGAAAGAAGGAAGACAUGAAAAGAAUGAGUUGUCUUAAAGAUGAUGUUAAAGAGCGUUCAGAAAAUUUAAUGGUUCCUUAUUUAAUGAAAGUUGAGUCAUAUGAGACUGUGCAUCAGCUCGUAACUACGGUUAGAGGACAGCUAAGGGAAGGUUUAGAUUGUGUUAAAGCUAUAGAAGGAUGUUUUCCUCCGGGCUCGAUGACAGGUGCACCUAAAUUGAGAGCUGUUCAGUUAUUAGAUGAAUUAGAACAACACAACCCAAGAGGGGUAUAUUCCGGAUGUUUAGGUUUUAUUUCUUUGCAAGAUGGAACUGGACAGAUGAGAAGCACAUCUCACUUCAGUGUUGUUAUUAGAACAGUUAUUGUUUGCGGUGAAACUGGCGAAGUAACGGUUGGGGCGGGUGGAGCUAUUGUUUACCUUUCAAAUGCUGAAUCAGAAUGGGACGAGGUUGUAUUAAAAUCUCAAUCUGUCAUUCCUAGUGGCAAUGUUUGGAGAUCAAAGGAUGCAGGCGCCAAUUGGGACCAGGUUACUGAUAUUCCAAAGAAUAGCGCAACCGCUUUAUAUGAACAUCCUUUUUCAAAUAAUGAGGCUUACGUUCUUACACGUUACCUUAAACAUUAUAAAACAUCUGAUAAAGGGGAUACUUGGAAUCAAUUUACAACAGAAAUCCAACCAGCGAGAAAUGAUAGGGCUUUAUCCUUUCAUGCUCAUAGAGGAGGUAACAUAUUAUUUAGAGGAAGUAAAUGUGUUAAUAUGUUUGAAUGCAAAGAUGUGACUUAUUACACUACAGAUGGAUUUGAUACUCCACCAAAAUUACUUCUCGAAAAUAUGAAUAAUUGUAUAUGGGCUCAUUCUAAUGGGGAUUUUGAUGAGGCACCCGAGCAAACAAUUUAUUGCAUUUACUAUAAAGGUUCUGGAUCAAUGAGAAAACCAAGUGAUUAUCGUUUGACCCAAUCUGAAGAUUAUUUUGAACACUGGGAUUAUGUUAAUUUUAAUACUGGUGGUGAUGUCAGUGGCGUCAUUGGUCUUGGAACAAUUAGAAAAUAUUUGGUUGCAGCUGUAAAAGAUAUCAAUUCUUUGGAUAUGAAAAUGUAUGUAUCCACAGAUGGACUAAAAUGGACAAGAGCACUUUUCCCAAGUAAUGAAGGACCAACUCAUAAACAUGCAGAAGAAAAUGCAUAUACUAUACUAGAAUCAUCAACAAGUCAUUUGGUGGUUGAUCUACUUUCAUCAGACUCUCAUAAUACGGGGAACUUGUUUUUUUCAAAUUCUGAUGGAACUUCUUUUGUCAAUCGUUUGAAAUAUACAAACCGAAACAACAAAGGUUUUGUGGAUUUUGAAGCUGUACAAGGCGUUGAUGGAAUUUUACUCGCAAAUAUUGUGAGUAAUCAUCAAGAUAUUGACAAAGGAAGUGCCAUAGCAAAACUAGUACAAUCAAAGGUUUCUUUUGAUGACGGUUCUUCAUGGAAUUUUAUUAAACCUCCAGAAAAAAGUUUAGGCGAUACCGAUUUCCAAUGUGAUAGUAAGAGAGACUGGCAAGAUGGAACUUGUUCGUUACAUUUACAUUCAAUUACAACCACUCGUAAUAUUGGUCAUAUUUAUUCAGCCGGUGCAGCGCCGGGUGUUUUAAUGGGUGUUGGAAAUGUAGGAUCAUAUCUCUUUCCCUAUGAACUUUGUGAUACCUUUCUUUCUUAUGAUGGAGGUUUAACGUGGAAAGUCGUUAGACUUGGUGCACAUUUGUAUGAAUUUGGCGAUUCUGGAUCUAUUUUAGUUAUUGUUGAUAAUGAACAGCCAACAGAUCGAAUUUUGUAUAGUUAUGAUCGUGGUGAAAAUUGGUACGAACAUCUUUUAAAGAAUAAGAUUCGUGCAAGAUUACUUACAACGGAUCCUGAUUCGACAACGACGAAAUUCCUCCUUUUAGGCUCAAUUGUUAAUGAUCAUGAUGCUCCUAAUAAUGGUGGUAGUAAUAAUCAAUAUUAUAUGUUCCACCUAGAUUUCUCGAAUUUAUUUGAUAGAAAUUGCAAUGAUAACGAUUUCGAGACUUGGGUCGCGAGAAAUUUGGAAACUGGCCCUGAUUGUUUAAUGGGCAAAAAAUCAUCUUAUCGUCGUCGUAAGAAAGAUGCUAAUUGUUUCGUUUCGAGUGAAUUCGAAAAACCUGCUCCAAUUGAAGAGUUAUGUCAAGAUAAUAAAUGUAAACUUUCGGGAACUGAACGUAUUCCUAAUGGAGAAUGUAGAGAUGGCAAAAAAACAUAUUUGGGAUCUUCAGGUUAUCGUAAAAUUCCAGGAAACGUUUGUGACCCAGAUAAACCAGGAUCAAAAGAUCUUGCUACCCCAAUUGAAAAACCAUGUCAAUCAGACGGUGAAGUUUCACAUAAAGUUCUUGAUGUAGAUCUCGAUUAUUAUUUCUAUUUCCCAAAUUCUCAAGUGUUAAUUGCCAAAACAACUGAUGGCAAGAUUAUAAGAAGUAAAGAUGAAGGCACUAAUUGGUCAAAUGUCCUUGAUGGUGCCGGUAUUAUUACGCAUAUGAAAUUACAUGAUCACGAUCAAAAUCGGGCGUAUUUUUUCUCCGAUCAAAAUGAUAUGUGGUAUACUACGGAUCGCGGAGAAACUUUUGAAAAAUCUAAACUUGAUUCUGAGCCCAACAAACUUAAUCUUCCAUUACUUGAUUUUCAUCCCAAAAACUCUGAUUGGUUACUAUUUAUGGCUAGUACUUCAUGUCCUGGAUGUUAUUCAAUUACCUAUUUCUCUUCAGACAAUGGAAAAACAUGGAAAAAUAUAGAAACUUGGGCACAAAAAUGUAUUUUCGGAAGAGAUACAAAUUUUCCAAUAGAUGAUAAUACUAUUUUUUGUUCUUCUUACAAAGAUAAAAAGUCAAAAACAAAACAAGAUGAAUUAGGUGGUAGAUCUUCAGAUACAAAUCCUUUACAACUAGUUAAGUUGAAAACUGAUGGUAGUGGAAAGGUGGUUUUAUUAAAUGAUGGUGUUGUUGAAUUUUUCAUCUUUAAUGAAUUUAUGGCUGUUGCUACGGAAGAACAUGGGCAAUUGACUCUUCGUAUUUCAAAGGAUGGAGAGACUUUCAAUGAAGCGAUUUUCCCACCAGAUAUAAGUGUAGACAAACAAGCGUAUACUAUUCUUCAAUCAACUACCGGAUCGGUGUUCCUUGAUGCAUACAAAUCUAUACUUUAUGGAUCCGAACAUGGUUCCUUGUUUAAAUCUAACUCUAAAGGAACGGCCUUCGAUAAAAUUCUUGAUAACACCAACCGCAAUAAUAGAGGAAAUGUGGAUUUCGAAAAAGUUCAGGGAUUAGAUGGAAUUAUUCUGGCUAAUAUAGUUGAUAAUGCUAAUGAACUUGGUGGUGGCUCCAAGAAAAUAAUCAAGACAAUGAUUAGUUAUGAUGAUGGUAGUGUGUAUAGUGCCUCACCUGCGAUCGGUCUUUUGAUUGGAGUUGGAAAUACCGGAGAUCAACUUUUGCCAUACACCGAAUGUAACACGUUUAUGAGUCGCGACGGUGGUAGAAAUUGGAAAGAAAUACGACGCGGAGAAAGUUUACAUGCAUAUGGUGACCGAGGAACAAUUAUUGUUGUGGUAGAUGAUGAAGCUCCCACAGAUCACGUAUUGUAUAGUUGGAAUUACGGGAAAGAUUGGAACAAAUAUAUAUUCUCUUCAACUCCUGUCCGAGCUAGAUUUAUAAUCAAUUCAAAUUCCAACGGUAUGAAAUUCUUGUUAUUUGGAUACACUGUUCCAGCCAAUAAAGUUCGACCUGUCAUGGUUACAAUUGACUUUACACAAUUGAAAAAAAGAAAAUAUAAUGAUGUUAAAAACGAUUUUGAAUUAUGGAAUCCAAUGGAUAAAGAAAGUGAUGAUCAUAAGUGUCUUUUGGGUGAAGAGAUAAGGUUUUGGCGACGUAAAGCCGAUAGAGAAUGUCAUAUCGGAGAUAUGGAAGAUGAUUUAAUAACUAUACAAAAAAAUUGUGAAUGCACUAAACACGAUUUUGAGUGUGAUAUUGGUUUUUGGCGCGACGAAAACCGAAAUUGCGUAUUGAAAGGGCCUGACCCAUUGCGCCCACCUAAUUGCCCGGAGGAUGGGACAUACAUAGGACGCUCAGGGUAUGUUAAGAUGGAAAAAUCAAAAUGUAAAGGAGGUAAUAACCUUGGAGAAAAGAUUGAAAGAAACUGUAAAUUAGAAAACACUGGUAUUAUUUCUAAAACGAAAGUAUUUGAAAACCGAAUUGCCAAACACUUUUAUUCCAAUGAAUCCACCGCCAUUUUGGCACGAACAAUGGAUCACACUAUAUGGAGAAGUAUUGACGAAGGUUAUUCAUGGAAUACAAUCGCUAUGCCUGAUGAUGAUGCUAGGAUAAUUGCUUUGGUUCAAAAUUCUUAUUUCAGCAAUUAUGUUUAUUUCAUUACAUCUGGAAAGAAACAUUAUUAUACUGAUGAUUUUGGAGAAACUAUCAAAAGUCUAGUUGUCCCAGCUGAGCCUAAUGGAUAUCUAGCUCCGAUAAUUCUUGAUUUCCACCCUAGUAAGUCGGAAUAUUUAAUUUACACGGUCGGUAAGAAUUGUGAAACCUUUUACUCCGAAAAUUGUCAUACCGAGGCAUUUUAUACUCGGAAUAAUGGUGAAACUUGGGAUUUACUUGAUACGUACGUUGUAACGUGUUCAUGGGCUCGUGACAAGAACUUCAAAGUAUCACCAGAUCUUAUCUUUUGUGAUUCGUAUCGUGAUAAGAAAGGAUCGCAAUUAUCAUUCAUCAACAAUCCACGUCAACUUGUAUCUUCAACGGACUUUUUCAAAAAUAAAAAGCUCCAUUAUCAAAACAUUGUUGGAUUCGCUGUUUUUGAAGAAUUUAUGGUUGUUGCUGAGCUUAUGGAAACUAGCGCAAGUCUUCGUCUUUGGGUAUCAGUUGAUGCUGAACAUUUUGCGGAAGCCCGAUUUCCACCAAACAUGCCAAUAACUCGCGAAGUUCGCCUUCACUAUGAUCGCGGUUAUGUUGAUUUUGAAAAAAUGCAAGGCAUCCGAGGGAUUGCUUUGGCAAAUAUUGUUAGUAACGUUAAUGAAGUUAUUAUGGGAUCUAUUUGGAGUUUUUUGAAACGACCAGAUGUUGAUUCUGAUGGCAAUACAUAUGAAUGCGACACAGAUGCAAAUAAGAACGAUACGGAAGGCCGUUGCUCUUUACACUUGCAUAGCUUUACUGAACGUAGAAAUCCGAGUGAUUCCUUUAGUUCCUCUUCUGCUGUUGGUUUGAUGAUGGGCGUUGGAAAUGUUGGUGACUAUCUUACUCCAUACUUAGACGGAGAUACAUUCUUAACUAGAGAUGCAGGUGUCACAUGGAAAGAAAUUAAGAAAGGUGCUUAUAUGUAUGAAUUUGGAGAUCAAGGUGGUAUCUUGGUGUUGGUUGAUGAUGAGCGUGAAACAGAUCGCGUAUUUUAUUCACUAAACGAAGGAUACUCAUGGCAAGAAUACAAAUUUCUUAAAAGUAACGAACAACCGAUCAGAAUUUUUGAUAUUGAGAUUAAACCAGGUGGUCUAAGCAGUAAAUUCAUAUUACGUGGGUUACUUCCAUCCGAUUAUAAUAAGGAAGUUAUAGUGCACCUUGAUUUUACAAACGCCUUUGUAAGAAAUUGUAAAGACGAUGAUUUUGAACCUUGGUCACCAAGCCAUGCAGAACAUUCAAAUUCAGAAAAUCAAUGUUUAUUCGGUCGCAGGAUUACAUAUCAGCGAAAGAAACUUGAUACAGAAUGUUUCAUUAAAGAUUAUAAACCUGUUGAAGAGGGUGGUAUUUGUGAAUGUAAAAAACACGAUUUCGAAUGUGAUUAUAAUUACAUGCGUAACGCGACAGAUCAUUGCGUAUUGGUGUCUCCUGACGCUAAACCAUUAGUUCGUGAUAUUUCUGAACAAUGUGCCAAUGGUGAAGAAUUUUGGUAUGAAGUGUCUGGUUAUCGUAAACUUGCAAUAACCAAGUGUACGGGUGGAUCUAUUAAUUAUACCGGUGAAAGUCAUCGUUGCCCGGGACACCAUUCCGCUUUAUUCUGGAUAUUUGUUGUAUUGUCGCCCUUCGUCAUUGUUGGAAUUUUGACAAUUUGUUUCAUUAACAAAAGACAUGAACGACAUAUUCGACUUGGAAGUUCUCUUGAACCUAAUUCCAUCUUAUCUUCUAUCAUUGAUAUAUUUUAUCAAAUCAAAAUACCAAGAUUUAUUUCAAGAUUAUGGUCUAAAGUCCCAUUACCGGGUCGCGGAUACCGUUAUUCGUCUGUUGCUACAGAUGAUGGACAUGAAGUAUUAAUGGAUGAUUAUGAUCGUGAUAUCGAGACUUCAUAA